UGAAAAAGUGUUUGUGAUUUUUAUUGCAUUCAAUUUCACUUUUCUGUACAAAAAACACACACACAGGGAAUUUGGUGAAGAAAGUUUUUUAUGUGACGUCACACCUCGUCCCAUUCUUCUACAUUGUUGACAAAAAAAAAUUGCGUUUGUUAUUGUGUUUUGUUUGAAGCGAUGAAGUCAUCUGUUGCAUUAUUUGUGAGCGCUUGUUUCGUUUCGGUCAGUUGUUCUUCAGGAGUUCGCCUGAAGCGAUCCGAUGCCAAUGAAUCGUGGAUUGAACUACACAAAGCUGCCAAUAGCGGUAAUUUGCAACAAAUGGCAGACUUACUAAAAAGCGGAAUCGAUAUUAAUGCGACUGAUAAAGAUAAAUGGACACCGCUCCACAUUGCCGCACGAAUUGGUAACGAAAAUGUGGUGAGACUUCUCAUUGAGAAUGGAGCUAACGUGAAUGCUAAAUCUGGAAAUAGUCGUACACCUCUUCAUGAGGCAUCUUUCCAUGGAAAAAUUGAGGUCGCUAAAGUGCUGAUUGAGAAAGGAGCUGAAGUGAAUGCCAAGGAUAUUGGAGAUUGGAGACCUCUCCACCUCUCUGCACAGGAUCCAAACAUACGAAGUGGUAAAGCCGAGGUUGCAAGGCUCUUGCUCGAGAAUGGAGCCGAUUUGCAUGCUGUUGAUAGAAAAUUCAAACGCACGGCAAUUUUUGAAGCAGCAGUUUAUGGUCAAGUGGAUGUGGCACGAGUGCUGAUUGAGAAAGGAGCUCGUGUGAAUGAUGAAGAUAACUGGAAAUACACGUGUCUCCACGUCGUAUCCCAAAUGGCUCAUUUGAAAAAGGGCAAGGGAGAGAUCACAAGACUGCUGCUGGAAAAUGGAGCUAACGUUAAUGCUGUAGAUGGUGUACACCACCGUACACCGAUUUUUGAUGCAGCUGUGAAUGGACAAUUUGAGGUCGCUAAAGCGCUGAUUGAAAACGGAGCUGAAGUUAAUGCCAAGGAUAUUGGAGAUUGGACGCCGUUGCAUGGAUCGGCACAAAAUGAGAACAUUAAAAUUGGUAAAGCCGAGGUGGCUAAACUUCUACUUGAUAAUGGAGCCGAUGUUAAAGCCAUAGACAAAACUUAUAAACGAACACCGCUUCACGAAGCUGCAAUAUACGGUCACGCGGGAGUUGCUGAAGUUAUGGUCAUAAACAAUGCUGACGUGAAUGCUCAAGAUUACGAGAAAUGUAUACCUCUCCAUUUAGCGACUCAAAAUUGGGUGAAACGAGAUGACAAAGUAGAAAUCGUCAAGGUUCUGCUAAGAUAUGGAUCUUAUGUAAAUGCCAAAAGUGCCAAUGGCAGAACACCGCUGGUUGAAGCCAUUAACAAUGAUCAAAUCGAUUCGGUCAGAGUUCUGCUCGAAAACAGAGCCGAUGUUAAUGAAGUUGACAACGAUAACCGGGUGCCUUUGCAUUUUGCAGCCGAGAAAGGCAAUGAAAAGAUAGUAAAAUUGUUACUCGGAAACGGAGCGCAUAAAAGUAUUAAAAACAAAAACGGAGAAAGUCCGGUAGAUAUAGCAAUUAGGUUUGGUCAUUAUCACAUCAAAAAUUUGUUCCAGUCAGAUAUUGUUCGAUCAGUACAAGAAGCCUGUCAAUCGUAUUCUGCGGAUCGUAUUACACAUGGCGAAAUAGCGGCAGAUGAGGAAUUUCCGUGGAUGGCCGCCUUGGGAUAUAUUAACGAGAGAGACUAUAAAAUAACCUUCGAUUGCGGUGGCACAAUCAUAUCAAACAAAUUCCUUCUUACCGCAGCCCAUUGCGUCAAGGUGAAAAUUCCCAUUGUUGUGCGAUUAGGAAAAACAUCUUUGAUCGAUAGUGACGAUGAGGAAGACAUAAGGGCGAUCAAUCGUAAUAUAAAGAGCAUCAUAACCCAUCCCCGUCACUCAUCAAUUACCAAGCAGAAUGACAUUGCCCUGAUUCGUGUCAAGAACAAGAUCACGUUCUCGAGUUACAUUAUGCCAGCGUGUUUACAAACGGAUUUACGUGACGAACCAUCAGAUACGAAGCUCAUUGUUACCGGUUGGGGAAUUAUCUCUCCCGAGAAAAAUAUAAAAUCAACAAUUUUACGCAAAACGGAAUUGACAUCGAUGCCACUAUCGCAAUGCAAUUCUACAAUGAUCAAUUGGAAUCGUGCGGUAAAUGAUGCUGGCCUUCGAAAUGGUCUCAUUGAAGGACAGUAUUGUGCAUACGAUCCAAAUGGAAGAAGAGAUAGUUGCCAGGGUGACAGCGGGGGACCACUACAAUACUUCACCGCCAAUAAAACGGUGGCCACUGUAGUUGGCAUUGUGUCGUUCGGCGUUGGCUGCGGCAGUAGUUUGCCAGCUAUUUACACUAGAGUUGCUUACUAUUUGGACUGGAUCGAACCAAUCGUUUGGCAAAAUGUUUGAAACAAUA